GGAGAGUGAUUAAUUACGUCGGAGUGAAAAACUUGUCUACCGUUUUGUGUAUCCAAUAAAUUAAGGGCUCCCGAGACUUUUACGCACACAGGUGAAGAGUUGGAUACGCGUACUGGGACUUGUGCGCACCUUGUCUGGAGACGCUCCACUUUAUAAGGAUAAGCUGGACGUGGAGUGGGACUAUUCUACAAAGAAGAGCAAAUUCUCUGUCCUGUCGAAGCCUCUUUUUUUUUGGAUUACCUUCAUGUCGUUUUACAAGACAGCGCCUUUGAGAAAUACCAGAGGUCUGUGAAGUACACCCGGAUGGUUGGCAGACACACACUCCGAAUGGACAGCGGUAAUUGCUCGGGGGUGGUGGUGGAUGACAGCCCGGCGUCCAGUCCGAGCUCCAGUCCCAGUCCAGACGGCCGCCGCCGGGAGCUCCAUCGGGCCAGGGUGCUCCAGGCCGGGGGACUCGGCGGCAGAGGACGGCCGGCUGCAGCGAACGCAGCACGGGAGAGGAGCCGGGUGCAAACCCUGAGGAACGCCUUCCUGGAGCUACAAAGGACUUUGCCGUCUGUGCCGCCGGACACCAAGCUGUCCAAACUCGACGUGUUGAUACUGGCCACCACGUAUAUUGCCCAUUUGACAAGAACACUACAAGAAGAAGGCACGGAGGAGGGAGAGAGCACAAAACACACAGAGGCGUUACAUUCACUGAAAGGUGAAGGCUACCUGCACCCGGUGAAGAAAUGGCCAAUGCGAUCCAGACUGUACGUCGGAGCGUCCGGACAGUUCCUCAACACUAAAAACCCUUCAGAGUCAGAGAAUCAAGGCCCGUCGUCGUCCACCUCCCAAUAAUAGGCUGAAAUCAUUGGUUGAAAACAGAUUUAAUAUUUGCAUGAGUCCAUGCUGCUUGCUUUGACAGCAGCAAAUGCCUUAUGAUUGUAGGACAAUUAGUCUCAAUGACUUCACUCACACUAAGCCCCACCAAUAGGAAGACAUUGUAAAUUAAUAUAUUAUGUGAAUUUUAUUGUACACAUUUUGAGAAGGCAUACUUUAUGUUGUUCUGUUGUUAUUUUGGCUAAUCCUGUUUGUUCUGCUUUGUGCAGCUCCAUACAUGUCCCAGGUAUGAUAUCUGUAGAAAUUCCAUGGGCUAAUGAGUCCGUCAUGCUUGAGGUGUGCACUUUCAGUUGAAACAUUUGCACUAAAUGCAUGUGUGAAUA